AUUGAUUGAAAGAAAGAUUUUUUAAACACUUUUGUCUAUAAUUUGCAUAAAUUAUUGAAAUAAAAAAAGCGAUUAAAAACAAUGUUUCGAUUAUUGGUUUUAAUAAUAAAUUCAUUUUAUAAGAAAACUUCAAAUCAAAGACUAAAUCAAAGACAAAAACGCAGUUAUCGUUCAAAUGGCAACAAUUCCCGACUAUUCUGACCACUUUCCCGUAUAUCACGACCAAAAACGUCGCUUUCUUUUCACAAACAAACAGUCGCCAAACUUGGCGCCAAUUAUUGUCUUCAAAAACGACAAAUUCGGACACAAACCUGCUUUCGAAGACUUUGGUCGUCAAUCGCGAACCGAUUCGUCUUUUUGGACGAAAAGAAAAGAUGGAAAAAGUGUUUUGUCUGUUCGUCAGAGUUUGAAAUUUGCGGUAAUUUUGUUAUGCGUUGGGAUUUGUUUGUAUCAAACGGUAGACAUCGUGAAGAAGUAUUUGUCUUUUCCAAUGGAUGUCAACGUCGAAGUCCAUGAAAUGCGUGUCUUAACACUUCCGGCGGUCACCAUCUGCAAUAACAAUGUAGUUCGAAAAAGUCUUCUUUUGGAACGAUUUCCAGAACUUCGCCACCAAAUCAACGCUUCGGAAAGAGUGGCCGAAGAGGUGGAAGAAAAGGCCGAAUAUUUGAUGGAAAAGACGGCUUUGAAUGAUAUGUUUGUCAUGACUUCGAAAUUGGAUUAUUUCGUGACUAAAAUGGAAUGCGAUUCUCAAUUUGAUCCAAAGACUCAAUCCAAACAAGACGUGUUGUGUGAGCACCGGUCGGUGUUGACGUCUCUUCAGAAAUACGGCGUUUGUUUUACUUAUUUCCAUCGAAUGGCAGAAGCCGUGAAGCGUCGGAACCGCGAUUGCGAACUCUUAAACAAUUGUUCGCCAAAACAGUCGAUGUUUGACACGAAUGAAAUCAUGAAAUUCGAAAUCGAUUUCGAACCAAACGAAUACACGACAACCGAACUUCCGGUUUCGGGAAGAAUUCAAAUUCACGACAACACGGAAAUCGGGAAUUCCUUGUCUAACGUCUACUCCAUUGAACCCGGAUUCUACUAUCAGUUCUAUAUUCGCCGUCAAUCAACACAAAUGUUACCAAGUCCAUUUCAGACCAAUUGUCUCAAUUAUGAACAACAAAAUGGACACAAAUUGAAUCAAACAAAAGACUUUGCGGCCUUUCCUUUGUCGCGAAAACAAUGCGCCAAUACUUGCGUUUCCACCUUUUCGACCGAGAAAUGCAUUUGUUGGCCACCAGAACUGCCGUAUUUCCACAACACCAGUCUCGACCCGAAACGCAAGUUGCGUUGGUGUGAAUGGCGUUUUAAGCCGGCGGUCGAACUCUACGGUUCUUGCAGAAACAAAGACGAACGAAUGAAAUGCGAAACCAAUUGUCAACCCAACUGUUGGACCGAUAAUUACGAAGUUUCCGUUCAGAAGCUGUCCUUUCAGUUCUCCGGAAGCGAAUGGCAAUCCGAAGACUUGUCCACAAAAGCCAUGAUAUCUGUUCGUUACGGAACAACAGAACACACUCUUUACAAGUAUUCUCCUUUGUUUGCCAUUCUUGACAUGAUUUGUUACGUCGGAGGAUUGGUUUCAAUGUAUACCGGCGUCAGUCUAAUAGCUGUUUACGAGUUUUCGGUUCUUAUUCUUAUUUAUACCAAAAACAAAACCUUUUAAUUCAAUUCAAUUCGACUUUCGGUCCGUUUUUCCGAUUUCAUCAAUAAAUUAUGUUUUUCUCAAAUCAAAGUCUAUUUUUAGUUCAAAAUG